CGUGCUUCUUCGUGGGCAGUCAUUGGAAUAUCCAUUCAAUGGCUGGAGGACAAGAAAAAUGGUAUUUUACAAAAGAGCAACUACAGAAUUCAGCAAGCCGAAAAUGCGGCUUAGAUGCGGAUAAAGAGCUAGCAUAUCGGCAGCAGGCCGCGAAUCUCAUACAAGACAUGGGCCAGCGGCUUCAAGUUUCUCAGCUAUGUAUUAACACAGCAAUAGUUUAUAUGCAUCGGUUCUACGCGUUCCACUCCUUUACACAGUUUCACAGGAACGCUAUUGCCGCUGCAGCACUGUUCCUCGCCGCAAAGGUCGAGGAGCAACCAAGAAAGUUAGAAUAUGUAAUAAAGGUAGCACAUGUCUGUCUCCACAGAGGUGAGGGAGUGAACGCUCUCACCUCUGAACAGUAUCAGGAACAGGCGCAGGACUUGGUUUUCAACGAGAAUGUCCUGCUACAGACAUUAGGUUUCGAUGUAGCGAUCGACCACCCGCACACACACGUGGUGCGCACCUGCCACCUUGUAAAAGCGCCCAAGGAUUUGGCUCAAACAUCAUACUUUAUGGCGUCAAACAGUCUACAUCUCACGACGAUGUGUCUCCAGUACAGACCGACGGUUGUCGCUUGCUUCUGCAUACACCUGGCAUCGAAGUGGAGUAAUUGGGCGAUACCGCAAUCACACGAAGGCCGGCACUGGUUCUCGUACGUGGACCGCAGCGUGACGACGGAGCUGCUGGAACGGCUGACGGCCGAGUUCCUUCACAUAUUCGACAAGUGCCCGUCGAGGUUGAAGCGGAAAAUGAUGACAAUGUCAAACAGUGGAGGUUCCCCGGGAGCGCACCCGCCCGGCUCGGCGGUCGCGAACUCGCCCUUCGACAAAAACAAGCACUCGCUCGUCAACAGCGAUGAAAUCGACAAGUCAUUUGAUAAAGAAUAUGAACGCGAAAGGCGUCGUCAACAACCCCCGGGAGGUUACGUGCCGGCAACCGCGCCACCGAACCCCACACAACCACAGAAAAUAGAUUACAAUCUAUACAGAGAGAAACGGGAGAGAGAAGAGAGAGAGAGGCGGGAGGAGAGGGAGAGGCGACAACAACAAGCUAUUCAAAGGCCAGGGGUUCCUCAACCGAAUCCAAGGCCGAACCCACCACCACCACACCACCGACCCUCCAGCCAACACCACAAACCUCACCAUCCUUGGCCCCACAAACCGCCCCAUCACAAACCGCCUCACGAUCACAGGCACAGACAACUACCCGUACCUUCGACUUCUUCAAGUCAGCCGGUGGUUCCGCAUCAACCGGAAGUCCCUCAACGUACCCGUCCACCGUCUUUAUUCUCACCCGAGAAUACUACCCCAGCGGUUGCGGCGUCUGCACCCAGACGACCCCCCUCGAACCCCCAACAGAGGCCUAGGCCGGAACCUAGACCGGUUCCGAAUUUACCUCAACCUCCUCCAAACGUAGCACAGGAACAAAAACCUCAUUCAGCCAGUCCACACAAAAAACGUCCAGACCCCACGGCUGUCGUUCGAGACAUGCAACCCCCUGCCAUUCUAUCGCCCUUCUCGUCACCCCCUAACAAAGAAAUGAAAUCUAGACAGAGAUUGCCUUCAAACUCUGAACCUGAAUUAGUACCUGUAGUUAAAAAAAUUGAUGAAACGCCCGGUUACGAAAACGUCAUUAGGGACUCUCAGCGCGGCAACGCUAUCAAAACUAGACAGCCCGAGAGGAAGCCCGACUCGAGGUCUCUAAACGGUAUCGAAACAGAUCCCACUCUCGUAUCGAAUCUCCUCAAAGAGAGCUUAGUGAAACCGGUUCCCAUUACCGUUCCGACGGAGAAGAAAUCGCCCGUGGAGGUUAAAAAGGAACCGGUGAUAGAGACCCCCGCGCCCCCACCGGCACCCCCACCUCAAUUGGAGCCCCCUCCCGUCCCCCAACCCCAGCCUCAGCCGAUCCCUCAGCCGACCGAGGAGUCGGAACACAAACACAAGAAAGAGAAAAAGAAGAAGGACAAACACAAACACAAGGAUCGCGACAAAUCGAAAGAGGAGAGAAAGAAACACAAGAAGGACAAGGACAAGGAGAAGAAGGCGGAACCUCUCCCCCCCGCGCCCGAGACGGACGGAACCCUCCGGAUAACGAUACCGAGGGAGAAGCUGUCGACGAGCCCCGGGCUCAAGAUAAAGAUCCCCAAGGAGAGGCUCGCCGUCCCGCCGCCGCCGCCGCAGAACGCCGGCCUCAAGAUCAAGAUAUCGAAGGAGGUGCUCGAGACGUCGCGCAAGCGGCCGGCGGGCGACCACGCGGGCCCGCCGCACAAGCUGCCGCGGCCCGAGGCCCCCCACCCGAACAAGGUCGACCACACACUCGGCAACGGGCACCCGGGCAAGUGACACCACACAUCCCGUAGCGCUACGUGUGUCGACGUUCCUCAUCAACAAACGGACCUCACUAGUGUAGUGUAAUUACUACCGGUUUUAUUUGUUUGUAACUUUUUUUAUUUCCUCCCCACACUCAUGGUCACACGCGACGUGUCGCGAUGCUUGGGCGUUUGAUGUUAGUUUCAUCAUUUUUAUUUUUCGUGUCGAUUUUUUUUUUUUUUAAUUCGUUCUUAUUUCGAAUAUUGACUAUUUUUGUAAAUGGAAUGUUAGUUUUGCGAUGAAAAGUGAUGGAACUAUAUGGUUUGAAAAUUGUGUUUGUAAAUAUGGGACGAAUUGUCUUUUUUUUUUUUUUAAAUCGGAAAUGUAUAUAAAAUUAAUUAUAUAACCAGUCGCGUCUAAUUAUUCUAAUGCCUGCAUUUUGGAUAUAAAGUUAGCCCAAUGAUUGACUGAAAAAGCAUUGUUCCCGCUUUGUUCAAAACAAGUUGAAUUGUAUUUUAAUCGAUUAAUUUGUAUUUAUAUAAAAAGUUAUAGUGAAUUUCAUAUCGAUUCUGUAAUCGAAAAGUUAAUGAAUAUCUUAUCACCAUAUAAACUCAAAUAAACAUGAAUUAAGUUUUGUUUUACAGGAGUGGAUUUGAAUCGGAAUAUUUUUUAAAUAUAGUGUCUGUUUCGUAAUAUGUUUGAUUCAAUUUUUGUGAUACAUGCGUGUCGAUAAAAUGAUUUUACUCUUAAAU